GUCAGAAAUGCCAACUCCAAUGCUCACGCGGCUGGUGCUCGUCCUUGUCGUUGCUGGCUCCGUCGCAAUGGCACACACUGCCGCCUUCGUCUUCCCCGACGGCUGCGGGCGAAGCCAGUUCGCCAACGUUCCCGCCAUCCAUCGAUGUUCAUGCGCCAACGCCACCCGCGUCUCAUCGGUCGACGCGCUAUCGUUCCACUAUUGCAACAUGCACGCGCAUCCGCAGGCAUCCGUGUUGCUGCUGUGUGUCAUGCUUUGCCUCAUGUUCUAUAUCGUCGCAGACACAACGAGCCGCUUUCUCGUCCCCGCCGUCACGUACAUUGCGUCGGCCACGAAGAUGGACCCAUCGGUAGCGGGCGCGACGUUGUUGGCAUUUGCCAACGGCAUGCCGGAUUUGAUCUCUGCUAUCGCGUCUUUCUCUGGACACAGCAAACACGCUGGUUUUGGCGUGGGUGGUCUCCUGGGCAGUGGCCUUGUUGUGUCAUGCUUCACCCUCGGGUACCUCGCGUUCCUGUCCAAUGGCGCGCACAUCAACAAGCGGCCAUUCAUGCGUGACGUGGCGUUCUAUCUGGUGGCGCUGGCUGGUCUCAUUGCAGUAUACCGCGUGGGAUACGUCACCGUCCAAGUCUCGUUGAUGGCGUUGGGGCUGUACGCCUUGUACACAGUGUCCGUCGUACGGAUGCAGCACUCCACCGACGAAACUUUAUCCAACGAAGCGGAGGCCGCCGAUCCCGUUGAAAAGCCCAGUCCCGCUGAAACCAAGCCUACGACGCCCCCCGUUGUAGGCCCAGCCAUGCUGGAGCAAGGCGGCCUACCUCGGCCAGACAAAUCAGUGAAAGGCGUAGAAACCCCCUCGCAAGGGGUCGAGUACCCGCCCACGUACGCCGAAGUGGCGUUGGACUCCCCGUCGUCGACUGUCUCCACAGCUCCUUCAUCAGACGUGGAUAUGUCCUUCGACGAGUCAAGCGAAGGCGAACGAGAUGCCGACGACACCGUCACCAGUCCAAGCCAUCGCGCCAGUGUUUGUGGCUACUUGGCCGUCGUGACGGGCUGGAACGAUGCUACGUUGGUGAGCAGGUGCAUCGCUGUGGUGGCAUUUCCAGUGUUCUGGGCUCGCCACGUCACCGUGCCCUUGUUGACCCACGCGUCUAUGGAUCAUGAUCCUCGUGCCUGUUUAUCGCGCGUGGACGUGGUAUGCUGGGCGUUUUGCAUUCCGCUAUUUGUGUUGUACGUUGUAUACCGCGUCGUGGCCGUUUCACACGAACUCGUGAUGGGGGUCGCAGCAACUGGCUUGGGCCUUGCGUUCGUGGCAGCAUUGCUGUCGGCGGAGACGCGGCGGUCAUCCUCUGUCCACUUGGUCGGCAUGGCCUUGGCGUUGAUGACGUCUUCCAUGUGGGUGUUCCUCGUGGGUCAUGAAAUUGUCGCCAUCUUGCACGUGCUUGGGGUGACUUUGAGCAUCUCGGGGGGGACUCUGGGCAUUUUGGUGCUGGCGUGGGGCAACUCGAUGGGCGAUUUCUUUGGCAACGCGACGUUGGCGCGCCAAGGCCAUGUCCAGAUGGCUUCCGCCGCGUGCAUCGCCGGCCCCAUCUUCAACACCCUCGUCGGCGGUGGGCUGUCGUUGCUGCUCGGGUGUUUUCGGUCCAAGGAAAGCACGGUGGCGCUGUGGUCCGUCUCGGAGAAAAGCACGCUCCGCAGCGGCUUUUGCAUCCUAUUGGUGUGCCUCGUGUCGCUUCUGGUCGUGGGGGGGCAGGUCCAGCACACCCAUCGCGUGUCCCUGACCAAGUGGUUUGGGGUGUUCUUGAUGGGCCUGUACAGCGUGUUUUGCGUGGCGACGCUGGCCGAAGAAACCACGAGCUAAACAAAAGCACUAUCUCUCUUCUACACCCUCCUAUCUAUUAAGAAAAUAUUAGAUUUAACCGAAGACUCUU